AUGCUCCGCAGGGCCCCCACGGCCGGGAGGGACGGAGGCUGUGCAGCCGCCCGAUCCCACCGUAGCCGAGGGAGCACCGGGCUGGGCGCUCGGGCCCCUGGGCCUUGGGGAGACGGGCGGCAGCCGCCCCCAGGGGCUGGUGGGGAUGUGGAUCCCGGCGCCUGCUCGGCUUCGGCUGGCGGCUCUAGGCUGGCGGCGGUGGCAGCGGCGGCGGCCCCUGGGGACAAGCCUUUGUGUUGGGCCCUGCCAGGCUGCUUCCCGGCCUCAUCCCCGGCCGGGGACUCGGGCUCCCGCGGCAGGGCGAACCGGAAAGCGCCCCGACUCGGGGCGCCGUGCAAGGGCCGCGCGGGGCCACCGCUUAGGCCCGGGCUCGCCAGGUCCUAA